CCUCCCCUGUCCUUCCUUCGCUUGGUUCCCUCCCCCUCUGUCUCAUUUUCUGCAUCUUUCUGGUGGUCGAAUCUGUCACUGCUGCCUUCCCAGUCGGCUCAAGGAUGCUGCUGUCUGCUAGCCUAGUAUGGGCCAUUGCUGCUGUAGAAUCCAUUUCUUCCCUCUGCGUUGUCUGGACCAAACGAGUGAGAGAGCCAUUGUGAAGGAGAGGGAACUGUCCCUGGAGCUCACCAGAAUCAGGGAUGAAGUGGCUUUCAGUGUUGCACACUGGGAGCAACUGCAGCGGGAGAAGGAGGAACUGGAGUGUCGUUUUGAGGCUGAGCUGCAGGGAUUGCGGGCUCAGCAGCAGAGGGAGCUGGGAGCUCUGGAGGAGCGGCUGAAGGUUCAGCACAUGGCCGAGACCGAGAGCCUGCAGGCCCAACAACAAGCCGAGCUGGAGGAGCUACGGGUCAAACAGCAAGAGCAGAUUGAGGAAAUGAGUGAGAACCAGGAGGCUUCCUUGAUGGAGAUGGAGACAGCUCACAAUGACACACUGGCCACUCUGCAGGAAGAGCAUGCCAGAACUGUGAAGAAUCUGAAGAUGGCCCAUGAACAGCAGACAAAGUCUCUGGAAGAAGAGUUUCAAAAGAUCAGAUUGUCACUGCAGGAUCAGGUGGACACGCUGACGUUUCAGAAUCGCAGCCUCAGAGACCGAGCCAAGCGCUUUGAAGAAGCUCUGCGCAGGAGCACAGAUGAGCAGAUAGUGGAUGCUUUGGCGCCAUAUAAACAUAUUGAUGAGGACCUGAAGAGUUUGAAAGAAGUACUGGAGAUGAAGAAUCAACAAAUUCAUCAGCAGGAACAGAAGAUCUCAGAACUGGAGAAAAUAGCUGAAAAGAAUGUGUACCUGGAGGAGAGACUGCAAGUGUUACAGCAGCAGAACGAGGACCUGAAGGAAAGAAUAGACAAGAACCUUGCUGUGUCACGGCAACUUUCUGAAGAGAAUGCCAACCUGCAAGUGAAUGUGGAGAAGGAGAGCAACGAGAAGAAGCGGCUGAGUCGCACUAAUGAGGAACUACUGUGGCGUCUUCAGACAGGCGAGCUGAGCCCUCGCAUGUCCCCCAGCUCCUCCCCCAUUCAUAGACCCUUGUCUGGACCAGGCUCCCCUGCCCGCCCACACUCCUACCAUCAGUGACACUUUCAAUUGAAGCUCUUGUAUCAAACACUUUCUUUUAUCUGGCUUCGGAAGCCCUGAUUUAUUUCUCUGUUGAAUGUUCCUCAAUUAAAAGAGUAGAAUUUUACAGUAUGUAGAUGGACAGACACAGAUACAUUUGUUUCUUGGGAAAUGCUGCUCACCCAUUGAAUGCAUUUCCAAAGUCCAACCCCAGGAAUUUCAAUCUCUGACCUAAAGAAUUGUAUUAAUGAUUACGCCUCUUAUCGUUCAAAAGGGAAUUCUCUGCCCUCUUUCUUUUCUAUUCCUCCUCAACGCCCCACAAAGCAGGCGUGCUGUGAUAGCGCAGCAGAUGAAAGACCUGGUCAUUGUAGACUUAAUAGAGCAAGAUCAGAGUCACAGUGCCUCAUUUCCAUCUCUUCGCCUCCAUCUACAUCACCACCAUCUCAUCCAGUGCUCAGGAUGAUGAAUGGGACACAGCAAACAUCACAAGUGCAACAACAAACACAAGAAGCGCCUUUUGCCAUCAUUCUCUCCUACCAGCAACGUCUAUCAAGGCACAGGCAAUACUUUGGGUAAAAUCACAAACCUACCUACAGUAAGUUACUCUCAAAGUGUGGAUUCUUCUCUGGGGCAUGUUAACCUGAAAUAUUUCAUUUAUCAGGAGUAAAUGAAUGACUACCUUGCCAUCUAACCUCAACCAUCCAUUCUACUUUCUCCUUAAACAACUAGAUGUUGACCUGAAAUGUAUGAUUAGAACAACUUAAAAAUACAUAAAUCCAUUGAACUGCCAACAUGGUGUAACUAUAUUAUUGAUUAUAAUUUGUCAAAACUGUACAUUUAGUGCACUCUUUAAAGCAUGUUCUGUCUUCCAGUUCUAAUGGUUUUAGGAUUACCUACAGUGUGACGAUAAUGAAGUAUAAGGUGAAGGGGCAACACAUGUUACCUGUUAUUUCUAAUAAAACAGAGCAGGAUUUAUUCAAAUGAAACCAAGAAAAAAAAUCAAUGAAUCAUUGUAUUACACAUUUCAGACUAAUCUUACAUUUCUUAUGUGAGAUGAAUGCCCCUCAAGGUCAGUCAGGUUAAGAAAACAUCCUUUUUCCUACAAAAAUACAGGAUCACCAAAGAGGAAAUCAUGAAACACAGCUGUUCAUCAUGUACUGUAGCUGUCAUGUGUCUAAAAUUAGGUGCUGCAGAAUCAGCCAGAAGUGGUGCAUACAUUGCAGUUCUAGUCAAAAUAAAUUGACCAGAACACAUGUAAAUCCAUCAUCUGUUCGUUAUAUUGCAUUCAUACAUUCUCUUUCUUUAUGCGUACCUUAUCCUCACUGUUGCAGCUGCUGCUGUUUUCUCCAUUGCUGAUUGUUUUCUGUGUGAUUUGAAAUUCACCACAAAAAAACUCAUGAGCAAAUGUGAUGGAAAAAACUAUUAUGGCUUCCAAACAUUCAUUCUCUCCAUUUGUACCUCCAGAUGAUGCUUGACAAAAUUCCUGUCCAAAAUUUGUUUAAGAAUUAAAACUUAUCAAAUUAUAUAAAUAUGACUAUAUCAUAUGAUAUAAAUCUGCAAGCGGUUACCUCAUGUCUCAUUGUAGAGAAUAAUCUCAGGUCUUGGGGAACAUUUUGAGUGAUCAAAGGGAAGCAACAGUCAUCCUUUUUUGUAUUGUACUUUUUUUAUACUUGCUCAUGUUUAACUAGCCACUCAGCUCUAUGUUGCAAGAUAUCCUUUGUAUACAAUUAUUUGAAUGUCCACAAUAUGUUUAGCUAUUUUAAAGAGCUUAGUGCAGUUAGCAAAUAUAUAAAAUUGUUUUACAAAAUAUUUCUUUAUUAUGAUAAUGAUAUAAUAAUCAGCUCCCCCAGACACACAAAAUGUAGAAAUCUGCUCAAAUAGGGAUUUGGUUGUAGGUGAGUUGCAUUUACUGUUAGGACAAUAAGUUGAUUGUGUUGGAGUUGGUGGGCUUUACUGUGUUCUGCAAGGAAGUGGAAAUAAUAUUCCUCUCCAUCAGGUACUCUGAUUGCACUGAUUGCCUCUGUGUCCUGUGGGUAUGACCUUGUUCUCAUUUACUGAAUGUUUGUUCAACACUAGAAUAAGAGGAUUUGUUUACAGUUUACAUCCAGUGUCAGAGAAUGUUGGUGUAUCACAUGGAUGUCGGGACUUGGGUUGAUUUUUUUUUAAAGGACUUCUGUUGUAAAGAUUGUAUUCAGUAUUUCACAAAUCAUGCUCUGGAUACGUUUACAUGAAAGCAUGUCUUUA